GCUGUGUGGCCUGCAGGCCUACCGUCCAUCCUGCCCCAAACCUGAGACAGCAAGGACAUGUCCUGCUGGGCCCGUGCCUAGGUCACGAUGGCCCAGCGACCUCUCCGCUGUGCACCUGCUGGGAGACUCCCUGGGGGCUGUCGUGGGGGGCACCCCCGCAGGCCUGGGCACCCCGCCCUGACCCAGCGUCCCUUCCAGGUGACUCCCAGGCCUGCACUCUGGGCGCUCCUGCUGGCUCUGCUGGGGAUGGCGCCCGGCCAGGCAGGGCCCCGCGCCUGCAGCGUCCCUAACGUGCUCCGCCACUACCGAGCGGUCAUCUCGGAGGACCUGCAGGCCGCCGUGAGGCAGGGAGGGCCAGGGGCCGCGUGGACGGGGCCGGGCUCCCGACCCCUGCAUUUCAUUCAGAAAAACCUGACUGGAGCUGCGGCCUCUGGCUGGAGGGGUCGGGUGGGAGCUUCCUGCGGUGCCCAGAAGGAGCGCGGAAUCCUACUGUCCAUUGCAUCCCUGGGUCGGACCCUGCGCAGGGUGGUGGCCGGGCGCCGCCGCGGGGCGCUGGAGAGAGCAGCGUGGACCGUGGCCCUGCGCACGGACGCGGUCAUGCGGCGCCACUGCUGGGCGCUGCGCCAGCGGAGCCGGUGGCCCAAGAGGCGCCCUCCCCGGCGGCGGCGCGGCAGCCGGAGGCUCGUGCUGCGCGCCCUGGACGCCAUCGCCACCUGCUGGGAGAAGCUGUUCGCGCUGCGGGCGGCCACGGAGGGCACCUAGCGUCUUGUGCGCCCACAAGAGCCCGCGGGGCCUGGAACCGGCCUCUCCCUCGGGCUGGCCUGCCGCUGGGUCCCGGCCCCUCCCUUGUGGCCCGCGCUCCUGGGGGGCCCUGGGCCUGCGGGUGAUGCUCCAGGCGCCAAGCCAGGACUCAAUAAACUGCUGCUGCUGCCGUCUGGUGGUCUUCCCUUGGCCCGCAGGCCGUGGGGCCGGCGCCGGGUCGCCCACAC